GAAUACUUGAACGACAAAAGGAACAGAAAGAAUACAUAAAUUAUGAAAUAAAAUUUUGUACGGAACAUGAUUUUACAUCACACUCCAGCCUUCUUUCAUUCAUCCUGUUCGCUCGAACUUCGAAUUCUUGCUCAGUAUCUUUCACAAGCAUGGAGAAGCUGAAAUCAGUAAUCCCUGAAGAGCUGAGGCGGAGAAUCUCGGAGAGCAAGACCGAUGACCUCCGGUCAACGUGCUCUUCUCUCCUUAAUUUCUUCGAGACAUCGCACCUGUUUCACCAGAUGGUUAGAGACUUGACGAGCCCAGAAAUGGCUUUGUGCGGGAAGAGUAAAGAAGGUGCGAUGGAAGCCAAGGCCCAAGGCAAUGAGUGCUUUUCAAAAGGGGAUUAUUCAAGUGCAUCGCAUUUCUACUCACAGGCUCUGCGUGUUGCUCCAACGGAUGUCAAGGAUAAGGAGAAAAAUCUGGUCGCUACAUUGUUCCUCAAUCGUGCAUCCUCAUUGCAUAAAUUGGGAUUAUUUCCGGAAAGUCUGCGUGACUGCAGCCGGGCUCUCAUAAUAUCCCCUGCAUAUGCGAAGGCAUGGUUCUGGCGAUCCAAGGCAAAUUCUUCAUUGGGCAACCACAAAGAUGCUAUAGAUGAUUUGAAUGUAUCCCUUAGCGUGGAGACAUCCUCAAGUGGGAAAAGACAGAUAGAAAGUGAAUUAAAUAUGUUAAUGGGCCAAUCAAGGUCUUAUGUCACAGAUGAGAGACUUCAAAUGGAUCUCCAUUGUGUCUCCACUACAGCUAAAGGAAGGGGGAUGGCCGCAUCUACCGACAUUCCUUUGGCUUCUUUAAUUCACAAAGAAGAACCUUAUGCUGCAAUUCUGUUAAAGCACUGUCGAGAAACUCAUUGUGCUUUCUGCUUCAAUGAACUACCAGCAGAUACUGUGCCAUGUGUGUCUUGUUCAAUCCCAUUAUACUGCAGCCUAAAAUGUCAAGUGCAAGCUGUGGACCAAUAUUUUUCAAAUUGUAAGAAAGACCAUGAAUCUCUACAUGACUUGCCUCAUGAUCUUGUACGACAUAUUAGAAGCGUGACUUUACCUGCCAUUUCAAGUUCAAAUACCGAACGUGCUCCUGAACAUAGGCAUGAAUGCCGAGGCAUGCAUUGGUCUGCAGUUUUGCCAUCAGACGUGGUUUUGGCUGGCCGUAUUCUGGUAAAGCAUAUGGAAGAACAAGGUUCUGGUGCUGCUGAUCCUAUAUUUCAUGGGGUCCUGAAUCUCUGUCAGAAUUAUGAACAACUUUCAGCUGAAACCAAAUUGGAGUAUCACAUUUACUCUAUAAUUCUGCUACAUUGUCUUCGGCAAUUUUAUGGUUCUAAACUUUCUUCAGAGUUGGCCAUUGCACCAGAGAUGGACAGCAGCAUCCUAAUUGUGAUGCAACCAGUUCUGUGGAACAGGUCCAAGUGGCUCAAGCUGUAUAUUGUGGUGGUAGUUUAUUCAACCACUCUUGCCAGCCCAACGUCCAUGGAUAUUUCCUUUCACGUGCCUUAUUUAUACGAGCAACUGAAAAUGUUGCCGCUGGAUCUGAACUGGAACUGUCCUAUGGCCCUCAGGUUGGGGAGUGGGAUUGCAGUGAGCGUCGGAAGUUUCUGGAAGAUCGAUACUCAUUUAUCUGUCAAUGCAAUGGCUGUGCACAAGUGAAUCUACCGGAUCUCUUCCACUCUAGCUACCGGUGUACUAAGCCAAAGUGCUUUGGAGUUGUCCUGGAUAUCGGUGUUGCUGAAUACGAGCUAGAGAAAUUCAAAUACUUUGAAGGAGUAAACUCUUUACAGGAGUGUGUGCUCAAUGACAACAAGUUCGGUGGAGUAGCCCGCCACAUGUUUGAGCAAAGUGAUUAUUGGCGGUGCUUUAAGCCAGGCCAUUGUUUGAGUUGUGGCUCUUUUUGUGAUAUACAAGCUUCGCAAAGGAAAAUUACUGGAGGUGAUGUUUAUGUUCGAAGGUUGCAGGAUACGGUAGCUUCUGGAGAUCAAAUCACAACUAAUUUAAUUACGGAUGCUCUGAAAUAUAUUGAUAUUUUAAAAGCAGUACUUCAUCCAUUCAACAAGAGAGUAGCUGAGGU